AUGGUGAUCCUGGCGGCGGCACCUGAUUCGCAAGGGCGCGAUUUCGAUUCUUUAUUGUUGCUUUUUCCUCUUCCAUCCCUCCGUGAUGGUCGCGAAGCGAUAUGUGCCAAUAAUGUUGCCGAGACAAGGGUGACGGGAACCACACUAAUACCGGAUGAUGCCCGCCCUGCGCUUUUGGGCUUGCGGGACCCUGUUAGUGCAGUACAUACCCUUGGCCAUCAGAGGCGCAGACUGCAGAGUGCCUUUUUCGACCUCUUUUCCCCCAACAGCCCGAUGCGAAUGCAAUCCCAUGAGAUGAAAAAGAAAGUGCUCGCAGGAGAGGAC